GUAUAUUCUUCUCAUCGUGAGUUAUGGGAUAGUGUAAAAAAACUUUAUAUUUAGUCACGACAAAUUUUUUUUCUAUGCUUAUUUAUAUACACUAUAUGUGCGUCCUUCAGAAAAUCCGCGGUCUAUUGCCCGGGUCCUCGCGGUCAUUUAUCGUCGUCGUCGUCGUCGUCGCGUAUAGACAUUCGGUAACGCAGGUUUCAUUGAUGAAGAAAAAAAAAGUUAUAGUACGAGACCUUGAAUUACACAACAAGUAAGACAAACGGGAGCUCCGUCAUUCUGGAGCAGGCAAACGCCACCACCAUUAACUCCCUAUAAAAGAGGCUGGAAUGGACAGUGGUGAUAUUAGUUCGCAUUUCCGCAGCUUAAACAAAUCAACAAAACAUGUUCUUCGAGGUCGCAGUUGUUAUCGCAGUGGUAGUUGGCAGCAAUGCGGUGAUUACGGAAUAUGACGGUUAUGGAUACGGUGACGUUGGGUACAAUGGUUUAGCGGACGGUUAUGGAUAUGCGGCACCGGUUGCGCCAGUUGGCUUGGUGCCGGUUGUGAAUAAAAUUGCCUACGGUCCCGGUUACGGUGGUUAUGGACUUUACAAUGGUUAUAAUGGCGGUUAUGGUAAUGGUUACGUGAACGCCUACGGCCAUAAUGACGGACAUCAUGACGAACAUCACGAUUCAUAUGCUUAUCCAAAGUACGCCUACAAUUAUGGUGUCAAUGAUCCCUCGACUGGAGAUGUAAAAAGCGCUCAUGAGGAACGAGACGGUGAUGUCGUUAAGGGAUCAUACAGUUUAAACGAGCCUGAUGGCACCAUUAGAAUAGUGGAAUACACUGCCGACCCACACAAUGGUUUUAAUGCUGUUGUUAAAAAAAUUGGCCACGCUGUACAUCCAACACCUGUUGCCAAAUACGUAGCACCAGCCAUUGUACCCACUCAUCACGGUCAUUUAGGAUAUUAAAUUUUUCCAACUUUAACGUAUUUCUCAACAAAUUUUCUAAUUUAAAAAAAACAUCAAAAUACAGUACUCUUUCUCGAUAAAUAAUAAUUAUAUACUGUGUCUCAAUAAUCAAGGCUACAGUGUAUUUAUUUUAAGUCCGUCCAUAUAUCGAGGGUCUACUGAAUUUAAAAAAUUUUUAAUGAAAUAAAAAUUUGGAAAAUUAAACUUUUCCGGAUUUUUGUUGUUUUUAAAUUUAAAUGAAUAAAUAAAUAUCAUAUCGAAAGAUUUAUUUUUCCGCGAUUGUUAAUAAUCAAACGAAAAUGUAAAUAUUGAAAUACGUUCAUUCUAGACACGAAUUAUUUGUCCUCUGAGAUUUUUUUUUUAUUUUAUAUCUAUAUAGUGAUUCGCGUUUCAUCCCCCAUAAAAUGCAUCUGUUAACACAUAUAUAUGAAUAGAGAGAUAGGACAUUCCACCUUUACAUAGAGAAGCGAUCGUUUUAAAGUUUAUUUAAAGCGAUAUGAUAUCUUCACAAAACAUUUAUGCUCAACUUUAUAAUUGACAGCGUUAAAUAUUUAUUAAUUACGAUUGUAAAAUAUCAUCAAACUUGUUGUAAUUAUUAAUAUUAUUAUUAUUUUUUUUUAUAAGAACAAUGCAGUCAUUGUUCUUUGCAUUUGUAUUUUAAAAAAAUCCUUGACAAAUAAAGUGUUUUAUAAUGUU